UAGAUCUUAGCGCCAGCAGUGGCGAUUCGUCCGCUGUGUUGGUAGCAUUGGAGGAAAUCCGUUUCAAAGAGCCGCGAUCUGCCGGUUUCGUGGUUUGAAAUACACAAACAGAGACAGCGCCGGGGGUGUGAAUGGUACAGGUGCGAGUGACUAUGGCUUUGGUGGUUCAAAAAGUUUACUUUAUGGACCAUGUGUGGAAAGUGAUUUGGAUGUGCGUGGUUUGCUACCAGGGGAUCGGAGCUAAAUUCGUCGAAGAACCCGCAAGCGCCACAUAUUCCGUUGAGGCAGUCCAGGGUGGCAUGGCGAAAUUACCAUGCGAUAUUAUCCCAUCCAUGCCUGGUGACAAGAUGCAUAUAGUCAUAUGGUUUAAGGAGGGUGAGAAUCGUAAAACCCCCAUAUACUCGUUCGACUCCCGGGAUAAACUGCCGGAGCAAGGAAAGCACUGGCAUGACGAAAGUGUCUUGGGAGCUCGAGCUCACUUCCGUUAUCAAGACAAACCAGCUAUACUUACACUGGACAGUGUCCGAGACAGCGAUGGGGGAAUCUAUCACUGCCGAGUCGACUUUAAACAAACUCCUACAAGGAACAUUAAAGUCAACUUGACCAUUAUCAUUCCACCUGAUCAACUGAGUGUACUCGACGAGACGGGCGUUCAUAUCUCCAACUACAUUCUAGGACCGUAUAAUGAGGGGUCUUCAGUCAAUAUUACAUGUGUUGCCACUGGAGGUCGUCCCCCGCCGCGGGUGACAUGGUGGCAAGAGAAUGCUCUCCUCGACGACUCUUUCGAGUACUUAAAGGAUCGUCGAGUCAGAAAUAUCCUCCACCUGGAAAAGCUUGAAAGGAAGCAUCUUCACACCGUAUUUACUUGCCAAGCAUCCAACAACAAUCUAGUGGCCCCCAUUUCUAGUUCAGUUACUCUCGAUAUAAAUCUGCGACCUUUAAGGGUGAAGCUCCUCGGCGAAAAUAAGGCAUUAUCCGCUGAUAACACUUACGAACUUAGUUGUGAAGUUGUGGGUUCGAGGCCUCAGCCCACUAUAACUUGGUGGAAAGGAAGCGUGCAAAUGAAAAAUACCAGAGAAACCACAAGCCCGGACCUCAACACCACUACCAGCGUCUUGACGUUCACGCCAACUGUCGAAGACGGAGGCAAAUAUCUGUCUUGUCGAGGUCAACAGCCGUAUAUCUCAGACAGCGGUUUGGAAGACGGAUGGAAGCUCGAUAUUUACCACGUUCCUCUCGUUACCCUUGAGCUCGGCAGUACGCUGAAUGGGAGCACUAUUAAAGAGGGAGUCGAUGUUUAUUUCGAGUGUAACAUCAAAUCCAAUCCCUGGGUGUACAAAGUCAGCUGGAGGCAUAACGGUAAACAACUGUACAAUAACGCGCAAGCAAAUACAAUCGUCAGCAAUCAGAGCUUGGUACUCCAAUCGAUUACGAGGGCCAGAUCUGGACACUACACCUGUGUUGGGCAUAAUCAAGAGGGUGAUGGUGAAAGCAAUUCGGUCCAACUUGACGUCAAAUUUAUUCCGACCUGUCGACCCGCACAACCGAAGGUCUUUGGGGUGGCAAGGCACGAAACGGCAAGGAUUCUAUGCGAAGUCGAGGCCAAUCCAACGGACGUGCAGUUUAUUUGGAAAUUUAAUAACUCGGCCGACACAGUUGACAUACCACAGAACCAGAUUUACAGCGAGAGGACGAGGAGCACAGCGGCCUACAAGCCCAUGACCGAGGGGGACUACGGGACCUUGUUGUGCUGGGGCAGGAACGAAAUAGGCUUGCAGAAGGAGCCCUGCGUUUUCUACAUAAACCCGGCAGGCAAACCUGACGCUCUCUCCAACUGUACGAUCCUCAAUCAGACAGCAGAAUCGUUGCACGUGGAAUGUACGGAAGGCUUCGACGGCGGUCUCCAGCAGGAAUUCAUUAUGGAAGUGUACGACACGCAGACACGCAAAUUGGUGAGCAACGUCACAUCAAAAAAUCCCAUUUUCACCGUCGGCGGAUUGGAAUCCGGCUUGGGCUUCGACAUCGGCCUUUACGCCUCUAACAAGAAGGGCCGCAGCGACGUGUCGCAUCUCCACGCAUUCACCCUCAAAUCGGCCGAGAAGCACACAGUUAAGAUUAGCAAGCCGCUGCCACCAGAAAAUUGCACGUUGCUUCACCACUCUCGAUUCUCUCUCAGGAUUAGGUGUCAAGUGGCGGAACCGAGCAGGGACAAUACGUACUUCCUGCAAGUGUUUGACGCCGAUAGCCGGGUUUUAAUCGGGACGGCGACGGCGCUAAGCCCGCAAGAUAUCGUUUUUGACAAUAUGCCGAGACGGUACGAUGAUCUGUUGAUUUUUGUUAGGACCAAGCGAAAGGCGAUCAUGAGCGAUGCGAAUAUUAUUUACGUGCCUAAGAACACGAUUAGAACUGGUGCGUCGACCCCGGCUUUACUGCAAAUAACACCCCUGCUCGGAGCUUUAAUCGGAGUAGUGGCAGCUUUGAUCCUCGUUGCUGUGAUAAUAGUGGUGGUAAUACGUCUGCGAGGUGGCGGCGAGAGGGACGACAAGGACUACGACGACGGCGGUUUGUCAUCGUCGGGACGACGCUGCGUUGCCGGAAACGGCGACAAAGCCAGCACGGAACCAUUAAAUAAAGAUUUGAACGAUAGUGUCGAUAGUUUAGAAGAGAAAAACCCAGAUAUUAUACCGCAGAAUAACGCCGAAGACGACUAUCAAGAUGAGGAACGAGCGUUCGAGAGACUUAACAACGCUCCCUUGAGGGUAUACAGCAGAAUGCAAAGUCCCAAUAAUCAGACCAAGAAUGGGGGAUACGACGGGUAUAAAACGAGCGAUGAAAUAACAUAUGCUGAAUUGUCUCUCACAAAUCAACAGAUGCCCCACGUCAUCUACAACCAGCAGGCCAUCCCCAUGUCGGUGAUCCGCCGGCAGGAGCCGACCGUGUACGCGCAAAUCGACAUGAAACGCAUUCCGCAAUGUCUGCAGCCUCUGAGUCCGCCGCAUCCCUCGUCUUUCCAGACUUUGCACCAUCCGCAUCUUCCCGCCUACAUUCCACGGCCUCUCCGGGAGGAGCAGCUGAUGCACGAGAACGCCAUCAAUGCUGAGACGCCUUUGAUGAGUCCGCGAGACUCGAGCGCCUGCUUGCAGCCCCUUCUGGACGUCAGCAGCACGCGGACGCCGACGAUGACCUCGACGCAGCCGAGGACAGUGACGGCGACUCGCUUUUGACCUAAUUAAUGACGAUUCGGGAGACUUGACCUACUUGUAAAUCAAAGACUAAAGUCGUGAGUGUUACCUUCACUGUGAGUGUGUGUGUUGGAAAUUUUAUAAACGAACUUUCGGAACAUGCUUAUGAAAGACUUACCGGUUCGAGUCUACAUUCAUUUUUCUAUUAGAAGAAUAUUUUGAUAUUUUUAUAGUAACUUAGUAAUGUUAAGUAAAGGAAAUGUUAUUAUUUUCGAAUUUUAUUUUAGGUUUAUUUUGUUUACAAACUUAGAUAAGAAAUGCAAAGACAAUUAUUGUAAAGCGAUGACAUCUGAAUCCGAAUUUUUCGAUAUUAUUCGCCUGUACAUAACUUUUAUAGCUGUGAAAACAAAUCAAUUAUUUAAGGAAAAUGUAUUAUUAUAAAUAUUUUAUCUAUCUUGACUUUUUAUUCAAUUCUAGAACUGUUGAAAAAUUCCCAAUAUUUGUUGUAUACAAGAGAAUUAUUGUACCAUAUUGUACGUACGUUGUGAUUUCUUUUAGAAGAAAUGUUUUACGUUUUGUGAUAUUUUUAUUUAGUGUAUUUUAAUACUGCCAUAAUAAAUGUAACUAUUUUAGAACCUAAGUAUUUCUUUGUAAUCAAGAAAUAUUGGAUACACCGUCCAAUCGACUUAAUUAUACUUAAAAAGAGAAAACUUCAACGAAGUGUUUGUUGCAUUUUAUACUAAUUAAAAAAGUUAACUGAUCUUUUAGCUUAGUAAAGCAUUAAAUGUCGAUUUGUUUCAGUACAAUACAGUUUUAUGUAAAUAUGUAUAUAAUUGCUCAAAUUCGAUUGUUCAGUUUUCAUAAAAUAAAUGUUGAAAAAUGGCCAAAACAUCUUUCUGUAAAUUUAAAAUCAUUUUAUUACCUCAUCUUGUAUUAAUAUAUUGACAAUAACAAAACAACUUUUUUUGCUUGUUUUUUAACUUUUUGGUUGUAUUAAUCUACUGGACAUGUAAAAAUGAAAUCAAAGUGGCCUUGUCGAAUUUAAAUACAUUCAUUUAAACGGUUCAUGUAGUGUUAAUAUAAAUUUUUUGGAUAUGUAUAUAAUAUAUUAUGUGUUAUAUCAUGUAUGUAAUUAUUCAUAAAUUGUCUAAAAUAUAAUUAAUUCAACAGAAAA